UGGAUCAGGUUGGAAUCUAGACGAAUUUCACAAAUUUUUUUAGCUUGGCAUUCUUGGCAAACUCUAGUAGCCAUAUAAUGCAAUACAAGUUGGAUUCCUUAUUCAACUAAGAAAUGCAUUAUUGAUUGAGAAAUGGGAAUACAACUAAAAUGUUGACAGCCAAACUCUCAAAGUGAAGUAAAAUCCCAAGUGGCCAAUGCACUUGCAAGGCACAAAAUAGGUUGCAAAUUCCAUGCAUGUGCUAAGAAACAAAGUGAGGGUCCCAUAUAUAUGUCCCAAAGUGGCAAAGCCAGCAAGAGAUACACCCAAAAUGAACAUAAAACAAAACUAAGGUGACAUUGCCAAGUAAAAUUGGAACUUUAGCUUCUUUUAGAACUUUGAAAACAUAAUUUCAGAGAGAGAAAAAAAUAAAGCAGAAAGAGAAGGUCUAGGAAUGAAACAAGGAAGAGUUGGAGCGAGGAUUUGGGCGAGAAAUGAGAGAGAAAAAAAUAUAUUCAUAGUAAGCUAAAGAUUUGCAUGGUUUUGAAUUUUGAAAUUAAAGAAAAUUUGAAUAUUGUGCAACUUUUUAGUAUAUAAUUUUUUUGAUCUGAUCUGUCUCUCAGACAAACAAGGCUUUUGAGAGAAAAUCUGAAACCUCUCAGAUAUAGUGAUCUUUCUCUUUCCACUCUUUUUUCAAUAUUGUAGCUUAAAACUUGGCUGGCCUUAUGGGUUUGUUCUCUUGACUUCCAAUAUCUGCGAGAUUUUGGGUAUCUUUUUCUGAACUUUGUUGCUUCUUCUUGUAUAUUUUCUCUAGAUUUUCCUCUUGUUAUCCUCAAUAUUUUGAUUUCAAAUUCCUUGUUUCUUGAUUUCAAAGAUUUCCUCUCUCUUUCUAAAUCUCUUUUCAUCAUUUUCAAAAAAAAAAAAAAGCUUUGUUCCUUUGUUUAUAUAAAUAGUAACAUGCAUGAGAAUCAGGAUAGCUUGGAAUUGUUAAAAUCUUGUUUCUGAUAAGUUUUUAAGAUUUGGGUAUUUCUCUAAAGCUUGAUAUCUUUGGGUUUUUCUUGAAAUUUUUUCUUGGGAAAACUUUUGUGUUUGCCAUAUAUAUGGAAGGUAGUAAAAACAAUGGGUCAAGAAGAUCAAACCCAAAGGUGUAGCAAUAGUAAUACUAGCAGUGGUGGUGCAAUUGGAAACAAUAUUAAUGGUAGAUCUUCCAAAAAGCAAAGGCCUAAAAAAGUACCCCAAAGAGGACUUGGUGUAGCACAGCUUGAGAAGAUAAGAAUAGAAGAACAACAAAAGAAAGAUGCAGCUGUAGCUGUUGCAGCCGCUGCAAUUUCGCCUUCUCCAUCAUCUGUUGUUUCACCACCAACUACUCAUCAUAAAUCAUCAUAUCUUUGUUUGCCAAUCCAAAGUUUCCAAUCUUCUUCUGCUUCUUCAAUUCCAUUUCCUCCUGAUGUUUCACCACCAAAUUCAAUCUUCAGGCCACCUUUACCUGUUCAAAAUAUUGAUAUUGUCAGUACUGUAAACACUGUUCCAUUGACCAGUUGUUCUCCUGGGUGGCCUCCUGGUUCAGCAGUACUUCCUUCAGGGAAUGGCAGUGUUAAUAAUGGUCAUAAAUUUUGGAGUUCUUAUGAGUAUAACAUUGAAAAGGAGUGUUCAGGGCUGGAUCCAAGAUUGGCUUUCAGAACGAAUUUAAGUUUGCCUUAUGAAUCUGAACCGAUUUGGCCUUUGCCUAGUUUGAUGCAAAGGGCACAACCAUUUCAACAUGCUUCUUCUUCAUUGGUGAAUUUGCCAUCAAGAACUUCAACAUCUGUACUGAAUUUUCAGAUGGAGCCCCCUUCAAACCAAAGCUAUUAUGGAAAUUUUACACCUUUAUUGCCUGAAGAGGAGAAGAUGGUUGGCAUGAAGAGAUCAUACCCGUUCUCUCUGGACAAUGCUCCAGGCCCCCCUAUUCACAGCAAAUAUGCUCCCAUUGUUCAUUCCAUCAAUGGUCAAGUUGAAGCAGCUUCAAGUAGCAAUGGUAGCACAUUCAAUUUCGAACCCGGCACCCCGAAUUUCAGGAAAGGGCCUUCAUGUUCAACCUCAAAUUUGGAGUCAAUUUCCAAGAAGAGCAUCAAACAGAAUGGGGUCUUUGAUGGAGAUUUUCUCACAUUAGCCCCUCCCACAACUACUUCAAUGUGUUCAAACUCAAAUUUCAAGCACCCUUCAUCCAAUUUAAUCUAUUGUGAUUUGCCUGACCUCGAGUCGUUAGCUAAUUAUCAAGCAAGCUUUGAAGAUUCAAUUAUUCGGCAAGGCGGUAGUGGAUUAAAUCAAUAUCGACCUUACUAUAGUUUCUUUCCACCAGCAAUGAUGCAAAUUGACCGAGCAACUACAAUAACCAUGACCAGUUGUAAAGGUGGAGAAGUAGGACAUGUUGAUCUCAAUUUGAAGCUAUAAAAAUAUUUAAAAGAGAUCAAAUCAAUUUUAUUAUGCCCAUUUCUUUUGUAUCUUUAAGGGGUAAGUUUCUUUUAUGCAGAACAUACCAAGAAUCUCAUUUUCUUUUUACUUGCGCAUAUCUUAAAAUUUCCCCAUGUAUGAUUGAGUAUGAAAAAAAAAAUUCAAAUCUUAAGACUUUGAAUUAUUGAGUCAUUUGUUAAAAAAUCAUGUACUCUCAACAAAAAAUGCAUAUAUCAUUUCUCUUCUCGAUGCUUUAAUAAUUUUUUUUUGAAUAAAAGAUCAAAGCUUAAGAAAAAUUAUUGAAAAAAAAUUUGUAAAU